AUGACUUCUACCGAGAUCAAGAAAGUCGCCGUCUUUGGUGCAUCCGGCAACUUUGGCACACCCAUCACAGCCGCCCUCACAAAGGCUGGUUUCGACGUGACCGUCAUCUCCAGAACCGAAUCAUCAGCAACCUUUCCUGAAGGACUCCCCGUCAUCAAAACCGCUUAUACUCUCGAAAACCUCACCAAAGCCUUGGCCGGCCAAGAUGCCGUAGUCUGCGUCGUAGGUCCCGCCGGCGUCAGCUUACAAUCCACCAUGGUCGACGCCGCAGAAACUGCUGGAGUAAAACGCUUCAUCAUCGAUGACUUUGGCUGGGGUCCAAACUUUACAAGCUUCCCCGAGUUUGAACCCGUUCGCGCUCAGCGGCUCGUGGGAAUGAAUCACGCCAAGGCCAGAAGCAAAGCCAACCCAUCCUUUACUUGGACCGGCAUCGCAACAGGCAAUCCCGUUGAUUGGGCUCUCAAACGGUUUCCUCUCAUGGGCUUCGAUAUUUCCAACAAGGCUGCCCUCAUCUACGAUUCCGGAACGGAAAAGUUCACUGGUACCACACUUGAAGGCAUCGGUCAAUCAGUCGUCGGCAUCUUUCAAAACCCAGAAGCCACAGCAAACCGCACCGUCAAAGUCUUGUCCAUAAAAGUAAGCCAAACCGAACUCCUACAAGCCUUUGAAAGCGUUUCAGGAAGCAAGUGGGACAUUCAGAGAUCGACAACAAAGGAAUUGAUAGACGGGGCGCGGGAGAAGCAUGAGAAGGGAGACAGGGGUUGGAUUCUGGCGUUGGCGGUGGCUCAGCUGUUUAAUGAAGGAAAGGCCAUGUGUCUUGUUGCGCCUUCAUGGGAGGAAUCGGAUUCAAAGUUGUUGGGAGUGGUAGAGGUGUCUCCUCGUGAGCUUGCUGCCACUGUUCUAGGUGUCUCUACAGACUGA